AUGGCGAACUUUCCGAUAUUGCAAGAAAUAGAAGGUGAAUGGAGAUCAAGUAAAACUGUGGAAAUAAUGGGUUUAAGAAUUCCUACGUAUUUUACUGACAAUCCCCAGGUACUGUACGACUACAUUGUUAACCUCAAGACGAGAUCAGACGACGUGUUUGUAGUCAGCUAUCCCAAAUCAGGUAAAAGAUUGUCGUUAUUUUAAAGUUGUUGCUGUUUUAUCGCAGGUAGCCCAAGGUGAGGUAAACCUAUAAUUAGGAGAUCGCUAAAUAGCGCAAUACACGGUUGUAAGUUAUAAAUACAGCAUUCAUUAUGACUCGCCCCACUUUUAACAGCUUUAGACCUUCUCCCACGACUUUAUUUCAUAUGCUCAUCCCCACGGCCUUGAAAUGGUGUUGUGACCAGUCUUGGGCUAGGAGUGACUUGACUAUAGAGUUCAAAGCUACUUAAAGUUUAAACCCAGUACUGACACGUGACUUCAAACUAGUAGCUAAAGGGAAAGUAUGAACCAGUAAUGGGUCGGUGGUCAGUUAGGGAUUCUCUUUUUCUGGGUUUCGUCAUUUAUUGAUAUAAAACUGUAGAUUAAAUUCUCCUCUAACUUGCCUUUCUUUUUUGUUUUGUUUUGUUUUUUUAUCAAAUUCAAAGUAUUUUUUCGGUAUCCCUACUAGCGGAAUGAGCUUCCUCGCGCGUCCAGUUGUAGGGCCUCACACGUAACGCUUUCUUCCCGUUUGAGUGCGAACGUUUGCGUGAUGAGCCAAAGGAAUGUGUGAAAAUCAGAAAGGUUUAAGCUGGUCCGUAAUCUGCUUCUCUUGUUUUUGCCUGUGUAGAGCAGAGUUUAAAAUACAACUCGUAGCCCACUUUUUGUACCUGGUCCUUAAUUUCAAGUCUGUGUUUUAUAUCCAGUCCUCAAUUUUUACAAAGUCCGCAGUCCGCACUCCAUGUUUCAAAAUGAUCGGCUAUGCGAAGAACUUAACUAAGAAAUUGCAUUUAAUAAAUUCUUUAUCAAAAAGUAUAAGUCUCAGGACCUCUCCUCGAAAUAGAGACUCCUGUAGUUUUAUUUUUGUGAGCAAUAAUUCUUUGCAUUUUGAGUGGUCGUUUGGUUACGGGAGGUUCGACUGUCAUUGCGACCUUGGUCCUGAUUUCAAGGAGCGUAAAAGACAAUAUUCCCCUGAGUAAUUUCAUAUUUCCUACACUGAGAGAACAAAACAAACAGCCAUCUGCUUCGCGAAUUAAGUAAAAUCACUCUAUGCUCAAAAUUAUGCUCUACUUCAUCUUCAAGUAUUUGGGAGCAAAUACUUGAAGGAACCACGAGGACGUAGACAGUAAUAGUUCUUUAUAGUUUGAAAAAUACGCGUAUAGCCCUCGCGUCUGCCUGUUGAAUUUUUCACUUUCUGUAUUACUUUAAAACUUGAAAGCAAUAAAACACUCACUCCAAGGGGCAAAUGCGAUGGCGAUAUGCUGCAAUUGAAUUCACCCUAUCAAAGGAACAACAACUUGGCACGUGCAGCACAGUCCUGAUACAUUCCCCUCGGCCGUCACUGCACGGCUACAACCUCGGCCAAUUUCACGUUUCAUGGAGAACGUCAGACGUAAGGCGACGAUUUUCUUUUUCUUUUUUAAACUUGCAAACCCUCCUUAAGAACUAAUUUUGCUUGACAAAUCGAAUAAGGUGAGGUGUAAUUACAAGCUCCAUAUUAUGCUCUGACUACAAUGACGUUUUUCCCUUCAAAUCCUAUCAAUUGCAAAUAUACAUUCCUCCACAGCAAUGGUGUAGCCAGGUUUUUUUUUCCCAGAGGUACCCACAAUUUUCUAAAUCCAUCAGUUCUCCCUCAUCGCGUAAAAAUCCCGGCCUGAUUGCUUUCUCUUUUCUUUUGAGUAUCGUGGGGUUAUACAAGCUAAGAAUGGAUAGAAUGGCAAAUGGGUGGAAACAUACCCUGCAGCUGCGAGCAGAGGUUUCUCUCGGCUGUAAGCGUCGAAGUCGUUCGCGUGGCAUGUCUGUCUCGUAGUUGGUUUGUUUACGCGUGUAAACAAACCAACUACGCGACAGACAAGCCACGCGAACGACUUCGACGCUUACAACCGACAGAAACCUCUGAUCGCCGGUUAAGGUCCUUUAGCUCCUUAAAAAACGGGGAAGAAGAAGAAAAAAAUUCCUUGGUAAACAUGCUACGCCUCAUUUAAUGCGAGUUCCAAACAAUUUAAACUGAAGUGAAACCUCUGACUUUCGAGGUAUUAUCCAAAAGGUAAAUACAUCAAAGACUCAAAUCUAUAACAGCAUUGUUCGUUUUUGGAAAAAAAAAAUUGCAAUUUUUCCCCCGAAGCCUGCUUGUUUAUAUACCCAACAUAUUAAGUCAAUGUAAACGCCACCCCCAGAUAAACGACGCCCUCUAUUAAACGCCGCACCCUUCGAAUAAACGGCGUACGCGCCAGAGAAUGCGGUGUUUAUUCGAGGAUUGUGAGGAAAAACCCGGUACAACUUGGUAGAACGACACCAACAAAACAAUUAUGAUUCUAUCUCAGCAAAGCCGGACAUUAGAACUUGUAAUAUCUUUCUGUAUGAUUUAUCGUUGUAAUUGUUGUCAGUAAUGUAACAAACGUGAUUUUGAAAUAAAUGGCGCCCUUAUGCCGCGAAAUCCGGCUAAAACGUAACAAAACGUUGCUCCGUAUCACUGACCACAAUCGUGAAUAAAUCUUUACAAGGGUCAGAUACUGUGCAUGCUUGUGCUAUUCAUGAACACACUGAAUGUUAGACACAAUGGUUUCAACGCCAUCGAUGUGUCCGCUGCGAUCUAGGAAUAGCGUCACCAUCUACGCUGCGAUUUGCCUGGCUGCUACGAAAAAUCGAACAACGUGUCGCAAAAGAUGACUUCCAUCGCUCUACGAUUGGUAUUUCACAGCGCGAAAAGCGGCAAAAGUCGCGUCGCGAAUGCUGUGACCAGCAAAUGCGGCGCGAAUGUCCGCAGUCAAGGAAACUAGCGUUUUACAGAACUACUUCAUCCCCUUUUCGCCUGAGACAAUUGUUAUUUUCAGUUAAAGCUAUUGUCGGGGUUUUUAGUCGAAACAGCUAACUCCAGUUGCGGGUAUUUCUUCUCGAGUUCCAGGAGGAUGUCUGCAUUGAAAUGGAAUCUUAAAUAAUUUGUUGUCUUUUUAAUUUUAAGGAACAACAUGGCUUCAAGAAAUUGUCUGGCAGAUUUACCACAAUGGAGAAGUCAACAGCAAACGAAUUGAAGACCGUGUUCCAUUCUUAGAAGAGGCUACUAAAUCAAAAGAAUUAAGACCAGACGUUGCUAGUUUACCAAGCCCUCGCCUAAUUAAGACACACCUUUCUUAUGAAGCUAUACCAAAAGGUACAAACGAAGAAACAACGUGCAAGUACAUUUACAUCGCUCGAAAUCCAAAAGAUGUUGCAGUGUCAAAUUAUAAAUUCCACACAAGCUUGGGUAAAGAUACUGGAUUGAAUGCACCUUGGGAAUUUUAUGCCAAUCUAUUUGUCCAAGGAAAAAGUAAGUGAUGUUUUUGUCCAGGGAGGGGGGGGGGUACUCCCUAUAAGACCUAUGGGGAGGCUCCGCCCCAAAGGGCUCCAAGGAUAUGAAAGGGUUGUGAUUUCACUAGUUGAGCCUUAUAUGCAAAGUUAGGGAAAUCGGUCAUUUCGGUCUGUAGUAAAAAGGCCCAAAAGGGCUAAUAGAUACGUUUUUUGGCUGUAAAAGGGUCGAGAAAACGUUCUGGUAUUGUGAUUUAUUCAUAUUUUAAAGACAGCGCAUUUGCAGCAGUUAAAACUGAGUAUGUGACAGGGGUACUAUUUGUCACUAGAAGGAAUAUGAAGGGGGUACCUUUCUGUCAAAAUUGGUAUAUAGAUAAAGGGCUUGGACCUCAGGGCGCAACCUCCCCGUCAAGAGAGAAAAAAUAGCUUAAGCAACAACAAUGGCGACGGCUGCGAAAACGUCACUUAAAAAGUGAAGUCGCGCUGCUUCAAACUUUAUCGCACUUAUUCCAUCUCGUUCAGUUCGUCAAAUGUUGGCAAUUUUUUCUGAAGUUGAAUUUUAAAAUAUUGUAUCGAAGUUCAGGAAAAAAAUAAAUAAAGUUGUUGUCUUGUGUUCACGUUUUCCACAAAUCAUGAAAUUAGGCUUUUUCACGUCGUAGUCGUGCAGUGACGGCAAAGAAAUGUACAAGAAAGCACGUGCAGAGUUGUUGUUUUGCCAGUCUAUACUAAACCUAUUGUUUUUUUACCGUUCUCAUUGACGUCGCCGUUGUCGUUGCUCAAGCUCCCUCAUUGACUCAUUAGAGAGGUUAAGCUUCACGUUUACGUCAACUUGUACCACGUGACCAAAUUUCCCCUUUACUUGUCGUUUGCUGUUCAUUAGUUCUAUGCAUGAAUUAGUAGUUUCACGCAAUUUUGUAUCCAUAAGAAUUGUUUUGAACCGUUCUUAUCUGCUCGUUUUCUAUUAUGAGAAAAUUUCAACUUGAAUCUGACGUUUGCCGUUUGCCAUAUACGUGAGUACCUCCCGGGGAUUUUUGUAGUUGAACCUCGGUGGUGGUGCUGGGAAUCAGGAGCCCUACGUCUACAGAGCGUUUUCACAUGAAGUGAAGGCGGCCAUGUUGGUGUUCCAAACCAAUCCUGAAAGGGAGCUGAACUCCUUUGUUUUUGUUCCAACAAAUUUGCAUACCGUAAAUCCUCUUUUAAGCCCCCCUCUCAAAUAAGCCUCUCCCUCUAAUAAGCUCUCUCCUUUCCCGGGGAAGAAGGUUAAUAGGCCCCCUCCUCUCUACCCCCCUUUCCUCCCCUGAUUAUUCUUCACAAGUGAAUGAUAGACUGUAUAAAUCAAUCACGACUGUAAAACUUCUUGUGGACUGAUCCAGGAUGGUUCGUUUAUUUACCAACUGGAACUUCGGAUUUUAUUCUGAUCCUCGGCUGCAUAAGCUCCAACCCUGAACUUGAGCUUUUCCGCUUCGUAUUCUAGUUCUUUAUGGAGAACUGAUACCAUCGUCUUUUCUAAAUUAAAUAAGCCCUCCUCUCAAAUAAGCCCACUGUCUCUCUUAAGUUACCCUCAAAUGGACCUGAAAUAAAUAAGCUCCCCCCCCCCCCCGGGGGGGGGGGGCUUAAUUAAUAGACGAUUUACGGUAACUGCUGGCCACGGAAGUGACAACUCUCUGUUCUAUAUUAGGCAUCCAAAUUCGAAACCACAACCCAGACUUACUAUGAAACCAGAAACUCUGAUUCUUGUUCUUCUUACCAAUUAUUGAUCGAUUUCCCAUAAAAAUUGAAAAAAAAAGAGAACAAUUUUUCAUUGUCAAUACAUUUAUAGACCAUAGAAGUGACGCAAUCCAAGAUUUGCGCCGGCUCGUUGUUCAACUUGUAAUUUGAACAUUUUGAUGUUAUUUCUAGGGUCUUUACGAGCCUAGACGAUGAAAAUUAUUAAAUGGCCCAAAUAAUGAGGAAGGAACCCCACCUCUUCUCACACCAAACCGGAAAAAAACGGAUUGUUUCAAAGAAUCCAUCAACUUACACCACAACCUGCACAGAAGGCGCUAGUUUUUCUCGUUCUUCGGGCGAGCAUAGACUGCGAGCAGUCUCUCUUUUUUUUCAGAUUUAGUGAGGGGAGUGCACUCGCGCGCGAGCGUCGAACGGCGAAGCCGCGAGAGAGAUGCGAGAAACGAGGUCGGCAGCCCAAGAAGAAAACAGAUAGGUUCUCUUUUUGUGCCUCUCCCCGUCACGCGCCCUCAGUCACGUGCGUGGUCAUUUGCGUGUCUCGCACGUUUUGCUCGACGAACGAAGAAAAAGAGAGACUGCUAGUAGUCUAAGGUGAGCACGAAGCUGACGUGAAAGGAGCAAGAAAACGGCGUCUUCCCACUUCUCGUGUGUCUCGCGUACCGCGUCCGCUUCGUGCUCCCAUCGUGAGAAAUAGCGCCUGUUCUGUAGGCUACUUACUCAACUGUUAUACGUUACAGCACUUUGGAGUCACUGGGAUAAACAUGUACUUGGAUGGUGGAAACACAGAGAUGAUGCUAACGUCUUGUUUCUUAAAUAUGAAGACUUGAAAAAGGUUUGUAAUUAUAUUGAACGAUAACUGUUGAGCAGUUUUCAGGGGUGAAUAAAUUUAUUACAUUUGUUUUGCACUGAUUAAUGCUUGUGGCUAGAAGAAAAGUUUUUAACUCCAACUAUGACUCGAACGUUUUCCUCUCAUGAAGAUCAUAGUACGUUUUAAAAAUCAUAGGAAGUGUACCUUCUGGUAUGUUGUGACGUUGUACCAUUUUUUCCUGCUUCUGUUUUUUGUUAUUACAAGUUUGCGCAAUCGUCCCCCAGAGCAAUCCCAUAUUGUAAUUUCAGGUAUGACUCACUGGCAAACCCAGAAUUAUCAGAAACACUAGUGAAGGCAAAACCACAACGAUAAACCAGUGAGGGUCGGCUGGAUCUUUAGUAGACCUGGAUCGGUAAAAUCUUGAGUACCAAACUUAAAAUCAAAACAGUAAACUGAUCCUUACGGCAGGAAGAAGGAUGAAAAAAAUAUAAAAGGGAAACAAAAAUAAGGGGUGAAUUAUAUUUGCCCGAUAUUUCGGAUUGAAACACACAAAACUUCAACGUGGUAUGCGGCUACGUGGCUACACGAGGGGUAAUAGCUUCGAAGCGGCCGGGUAUUCUACGUAGCCCCGUAACCGCGUAGCCACUGCUAUAGGGGUAUUGCUUCGAAAUGGCCGGGUAUUCUGCAGGUAAGCUAUUUGAGCUUCUAAAAUGUCUCUUAUUGCUAAGGCCAUUAAAGUACAUUUGUAGUUCAAUUUCAGGGAUCAUUGAUAGAAGCAAACCGUUCUAAAUAGCAUUUUAUCAAAACACGCAUUUAUAAUUAGAUAGUCACGACUUAAGUGGCUUGAGCAUCUCGGUACGGUCCUCAAGUGAAGCCUUUUUUAAACCCUUUGUUUCUUAGUCUGCUACAAAGCCGUUUUAGUGUCGUCACGCAACGCUGCUCCCCACGGGAGGGAGGAGUGUUGCGUGACGACACUAAAACGGCUGCGUAGCAGACCAUUUGUUUCUUCCCUUUAUAGGAUCUUUUAAAACAUGUUCGUAUAAUCUCCGAGUUCCUGAACAAGCCCCUGUCAGAUGAACUGCUAAAUCGCAUCACAGAGCAGUGUACGUUCAAUGGAAUGAUGAAAAACCUGAAAAGUUACCUUCUGUGCGAAACAGAAGAUGGACUAAAAUUUCUGCGCAAGGGUGCAGUGGAAGACUGGAAGAAUUUCUUUACUCCACAGCAAAGUGAGAGAUUUGACAAGGAAUUGUUGGAAAAAUUAGACGGAACUGGAUUAGAGUUUGAAAUGUAG